AUGCCCGGCACGCUCUAUCUCGUGGCGACGCCCAUCGGGAAUCUCGAGGACUUCACGUUUCGGGCGGUCCGCAUCCUCAAGGAGGUGCGGUUGAUCGCCGCCGAGGAUACGCGCCGCACCGCCAAGUUGUUGCGGCACUACGGGAUCGCGACGCCCGCCACCAGCCUGCACGACCACAACGAGCGCCAGCGGACGCCGGGUCUGGUCAAGCGCCUGCUCGACGGCGAUUCGAUCGCCCUGCUGUCCGACGCGGGCACCCCGCUGGUCUCGGAUCCAGGGUUCAAUCUGGUACGUCAAUCUCUUGACGCCCGGAUUCGCGUCACCGCCCUUCCCGGCCCCUCGGCGGUCACCGCGGCCCUCAUCUCCUGCGGCGCUCCGGUCCAGAGCUUCACCUUCCUCGGCUUCCCGCCCCGCCGGCUCAACGACAGAAGACGAUGGUGCGACGACCUGGCUCGCGAGCCUCCAACCCUGGUGUUCUUCGAAGCCCCCCAUCGGCUCGCCGCCACCCUCGAGCUCCUCGAAGAGCGCCUCGGCGAGCGAACCGUCGCGCUGUGCCGGGAGCUGACCAAGCUGCACGAGAGCACCGUCGUCGGAUCGGUGUCGUCGCUGCUCGAGUCGCUCGGGACGCCGCGCGGGGAGUACACCUGCGUCGUCUGGCCCGCCGGCGACGACGGCGACGUUCCCCGGCCCCCGGACGGGCAGGCGCUGAUCGACGAGCUCGAUCGACUGGCGGACGAGCGCGGUUCACGCCGCGGCGCCGUGAAGACCAUGGCCGACCAGUACGGCCUCACCGCCCGGGCGAUGUAUCGGGCGAUCGAAGCGGCCAAGCACGAAUAG